CUCCAGUGUUGUUGUGUGUUGGUGGGGUCAAGUGGGCUAGCAAUUUUGGCACGUUGUAUUAAUUUUUUUGUAUUAAUUUUCACUUCAAGUAUUUUUUAAACGUAGUAAUUGCAAAAAUAGACACUUAGAAGCAUUUGAAUAUUUAAUUGCCACGAUGCGACGCGACGGCGAAGACUCUAAUAGUGACAAGCCCGAGCCCGAGCAGUUUCGGAAAUUGUUCAUUGGCGGUUUAGACUACAGAACGACUGACGAAUCUCUAAAAAAACACUUCGAACAAUGGGGCGAAAUUGUCGAUGUCGUUGUGAUGAAAGACCCCACAACGAAGAGAUCUCGAGGUUUUGGUUUUAUUACGUACUCAAGAGCGCACAUGGUGGAUGAUGCCCAAAACGAUAGACCCCAUAAAGUUGAUGGACGCGUUGUUGAGCCGAAGAGGGCCGUUCCGCGACAAGAUAUCGGCCGACCCGAAGCUGGCGCUACGGUGAAGAAAUUGUUUGUGGGAGGGUUGAAAGACGAUGUGGAGGAAGAAGAUUUGAGGGACUAUUUUAAAACGUUCGGGACUAUUUUGUCCUGCACUAUUGUGACAGAUAAGGACACAGGAAAGAAGAGGGGCUUUGGAUUUAUUGAAUUUGAAGACUAUGAUCCUGUAGAUAAAAUAUGCUUACACAGACACCAUCAGAUCCACGGGAAACACAUCGACGUAAAGAAGGCCCUCAGCAAGGCCGAGAUGGACCGCGCCAACCAGGGCGGCGGUAACAUGGGCGGCGGCGGCGGUCCCCGCGGAGGCCGCGGCGGGGGCAGGGGGAACUACGGCGGCGGCGGCGGCAACUGGAACCGAGGGGGGCCUAGCGGCGACUGGAACAACCCAUCCGGAGGCUACAACAGCGGCGGCGGUAACUGGGGUAACAGCUCAUGGGACAAUCAGUCGGGCAAUAACUGGGGCGGCCCGCAAGGCUCGGGCUACAACUCCGGGGGCAGCUGGGGUGGGCCGAACGACAAUUUCGGCGGCGGCGGCGGAUACCAGCAGAACUACGGGGGCGGCGCCAUGCGGAACAACUACCAGCAAAACAGGCCGGCUCCAUACAAUAAUCCUGGCGGUGGAUAUGGAGGCAACUAUGGCAAUCAAAACGGUGGCAAUAUGGGCGGUCCAGGCAACAGGAGAUACAAUAACAUCUCGAUUCGUUGACCGCCGAUUGGUUGAAAAAAUGGUGAGUAUUGAAGUGACUUGCCGAUGUAAGUAAAGUUGUAAUAAUGCGAAAAGUACGUCUGUGGGUGUGUCUCUGUGAGAGGUUGAGUGGAGUUAAUUUUAUUCAGAAGUUUUAUAAUAGUCGAUUUUUCCUAAUAAAGUGUCGUUGUUA